AUGAAUCUGGAUACCUCAAAAAUCCUGGGUGCCUUCAACGACAUUGGUGUGCGGAUGACGCUUGGAAUUGCAGGGACGGUCGCGGCAGGCGCGGCCAUUGUAACGCCGAACGGGAAACAGGUUGAAGCGGCUUCAUUAGAGAUGUACGGGAGGGAGCCAACUCAGCUGCUACCUAACGAGCGCCGGGCGGCUGAGUUUUGUGCCGGUUACCGGCGGUGGAAGGGUUUCGUGGAUAACAACAUUUAUAACUGGACGCGGAAACUACCCGGACACGACUCCCCCAUUGUGAACCCGUAUAAAGGGCCGCGUCGGAUUCCGCGGCCGCAACAAAAGAUAGAGGAGGAGCUGGAGGCAGCUGCUGCUAAGGAGUAG